CACGUCCCCACCUCACCAGUCUAGUGUCUUGCCUCGCUACAGCAACACUCAGAUGAUGCGCGUGGCGGUAGUAGUGUUGCUGGCCGUGGCGGCGGUGGUGGUGGCCAGGCCGGAGGCUGAGGCCGAGGCCGAGGCUGAUCCCAAGGCGCAGCCAGCAGCCGACCCUGAGGCAGACCCCGAGGCGGAGGCCGGGUACCUGCACCACCAUCCCCCACCGCGUUGCUACCCGAAGACUCACUACGUCACGGACUACAAGACUCAGGUGCAGCAGGUGCCUGUGUACUCCACGCUGGUGAAGCACCAGGUGGUGCCCAAGACGGUGUACCAGCCGGUGUACAAGACCAUCCACAACACCAACUACCAGACCCAGUACGUGCCCAAGUACGUGACCCAGACGGCGUACAAGACCGAGCACAAGUACGUGACGCAGUACCAGACACUGUACCACACCCAGCACAACACCCAGUACGUCACCACCACGCACCUGGUGCCCCAGUACAUCACCAAGUCGCUGCACCACACCGAGUACGUCACCCAGACCCAGCACAAGGUGGUGCACAAGACCGCCUACCUGCCCAAGUACGUCACCUCCACCCUGGUGCAGUACCACACCCAGUACGAGACGCAGGUGGUGCCCCAGUACGUCACCAUCACCAAGGAGCGCCACACCUACAAGACGGUCUGCCCCAAGGUGGCCGUCGUGGUCACCCCGGGCUAUGGUGACCACGGCUACUGAACACGCCGUGUCGGAGCGAGAAUUUUCUGAAGUGACGUGAAUGAUACUGAGAAAGAAACUACAGUUUUAUAUUUCUUCUACUAAAACCUUGUUACUUCUGCAAUUGUGUAAUCAUCUGUGUACAUAUGACGCA